AUGAGUGACUCAGCCACAAUCACAAUCCCAACUUGGAACGAGGAUGUCGCCGAACAACAGCAGGCCGUCUCUGUCGACAAGGGCAAAGGCAAGGCGAGAGCUGUUGAGCCAGAAGUCGACGAGGACGAUCAAGACGACGAGGGCGCCGAUGACGACGAAGAAGAGGAACAAGACGAAGGGUUCAGCAUUGACGAUGACGAGCUCGCCGAGCUCAUCCAAGACGAAGAAGAGCUUGCAGAGAUCGACACAUCCAACAUCGUCUGGACGGGACGUCGACGCAAUGCUCCGCUCGACUACAGCUCUGAGGAGGCUCUCAAACAGGCUGGUCUCGACAAAAGUUCCGCUGCAGUCGAGCAAGAAGAGGACGAUGCCGAGUUCGAGGGCGAAGGCAUGGACGACGAAUGA